AAAAAAGAGAAUUAAGCCCCCCCUUCUCCUCUCUCAUCGCCUGCUCGCGAACUCCCCAUAUCUCAUACUCUCACCGCCAUCUCAACACAAAACACUCGCUCAUAUACCCUCUCUCUAAUUUACCCGCCUACCCGGUUCGAUUCGAUGGGAGACGAGGGAAGCGACGAUCCGACUCUGCUGAAGAGGGCGAGGACCGGAGAUCUGAAGCGGGUGGCGGAGAUCGUGAUGGUUCUCUCGGCGAUGGGGGAGAUGAGAGGGGGGAAGGAUCCUACGGCGGCGGAGAAGGCGCUGGUGGCGGAGGCGAGGGAGAAGCUGACGGAGAUCUGUGAGAAGGAGUUUAAGCCUAAGGAUUUGAUCCCCAAGGAGGCGGUUAGGGUUUUGGUUGAGGAUCUAGGGUUGAAUCGGAGUAGGGAUCCUAUGAUGGGGUUCCGGCCGAGUAAGAUGUCCAUUGGAGAGAGGCUCUUGCAUACUAAGAGGAAGAUGGAAGAAUCCAAGACUAUUGCUUGUUCUUCUCAACAUCCUCUGGGAGAGUCCCAUGGUACUUUGACGCAUGGAUCAUCUUCUAAGAGCCCUAUGGUAUUUUCUGCUGGAGGCUUUCGUAGUGUUUCCCCUGGAGUACAUGUUUCAGCUACAAACUCCAUAACCUCCUCAUUGAAGCAGUCACAUGUCAGUGACUCACAGCUCACCACCACUGCCCUAAAAUCAUCCACCAGCCAUCUUGAAAAAGACUCUCCUUUGUUAUCACAGCCUCAUGCAGUAACACAUCUCAGAUUUGAUGGACGACCCAAUGGGCCACCUUAUAUUGCACAAUUACAAGCUACUACUGAGAGGACCUUAUCAAAUUCUUCAUCACAAUCAACUUCUACUAUUUUUAUGAAGCCCGGUCAGCCAAAUAAUUUUCUGGAUCAUACCCACAGUAAGUCCGCGGGUUCUCAUGCAGUUGGCAAUGUGCAAGCAUUUGGUCAAGCCGUGAGGAAUCAAGGGACAAAGACAUCUGAAGUCCCCAGUUCAGUAGCAAAUCAGCCAAUUGGACAUCAACCUGCACAGGGUGUAAUGUUUGCAACUGGGCCUUCCUUUUUCAGCAACCAUGAUGACAUUUCUAAGAGUGUGCAAAAGAUAUUGCAACCAAAGGUUUUUGACCAUCCUAACUUGAACCCUCCAUCAGCGGAGUACACAAAUCAACCUACAAACUGCCAAGUAUGCAAAAUUACCAUCACUGAUGUUGAAAGUUUAUUAAUUUGUGAUGCUUGUGAGAAAGGAACCCACUUGAACUGUCUUCAAUCUUAUGGCAACAAAGAAGGUGUUCCUAAAGCAGACUGGCACUGCCAAAGAUGCUUAAUAACAAGCAACGGGAAGCCAUUCCCGCCCAAGUAUGGUAAAGUUACAAGGACUAUUGCUCCGCAAAAGGCUCCUUCAAACACAGCUGUAACUAGUGCUUCUUCAGAGAAGACAACCCAAAAUCUGGCCUCAAAGGUUAAUCCACAGAAACCAGUAGUCAAUGGCAAUUCUUCGUUGUCACAUCUUUCUCAAGCUUCAAGUUCAGCGACUAACUCAAAUGAUUUAACUAGAGAUUCAAAGACAGCAUGUGCAGCUGAUACUCAACCUGGAAUGAAAAAGGAUGCUAACUUGUCUUCAAUCACCUCAGUUAGUAACUCAACUGAACAAGCUGCUGUAGUUUGUGCUGCUUCUAGUUCUGAACCUGAAAGUUCCAAUAAAGACAUAAAAAGUAAUGGAUCAUUGACAUGCAACAUGGAGAGAUCGACACCUGAGUCUACAUUGGAUCAAAAGGUUGAAUCAGAACGUUCCUGUCCUGAAAACCCACCGGACACUGUGUCUUUAACCGCUGAUCAGUCCGAAGCACCAACCAAGUCGAAAGAAAUUGGAUCUCCCAUUAAUAUGGAAGUUUUUGCAAACCAACAGCAAGAAAUUAUUAGUCUUGAUUGUGAUGAAUCAAAAGAGCAACCUAAGCUACAGAGAGAAUCUCAGGACAAGACUGGCAGUGAUGUUAGGUUAGAUGACCGAGAUAAUUGUCAAGCAGCUCCUAGUGGAAAGCCUAAUAUCAGUGAAGCAAAGCAACUUGAGUUGAAGUUUGAGUCUAAUAAUACUCUACUACACUCUCAAGAGAAGUCUGAAUUAACGCCAAAUGAAGCCGUAAACAAUGACAAUGAACCCGUAGCCUGUAACAAGCACUCAGUGCCAGAUUCAGAUGUCGUACAUUGGCUUGGUGAUGCUCUGCAGGAUAUAGAUGGGAAAACUUACUAUCAGUCUUGUCAAAUUAAUGGUGUGUCAUACAAGCUUCAAAAUUAUGUUCUAGUAUCUUCUAGUAGUCAAAAUCCUGUCCCUUCAAAGCUCCAGUGCUUGUGGGAGGAUAAUGCUACAGGGUCUAAGAGUGCAGUUGUUUGUCAGUAUUACUUCCCCUGCCAUCUGCCUGAGGUUGCUAGCUGUCCAUCUACUCCAGAAAACAAUGAGGUGUAUGCUUCAAAUAAGGAAAGUACUAUAUCAGCUAGCUUGAUACGUGGUUUGUGCGAAGUUAUGUCAAUGCAAAAGUAUAGAGAAGAAGUAGACAGGAGAUCACAUUUAAAAGAUGCAAGUAGCAGUCUACAUCCAAUUUUCUUGUCCAGAUGGAUGUAUGACGAACCAAAGAGCACCUUCCAAUCCCUCACUGAUUAGUAUUACAUUGCCUUUUCGGGCAAAGUCAUCUGACCUACACAUGGCUUUUUUUCCCUAUGCAGUUCAAACAGGUACAAGCUUAGGAGGAAGAAGUUAGUAGAGCUUGUGUACCACGUAGUUGUAUACUAUGUAGUUUUCGAGAUUCAAAUCCUUCUCUCAGAUCCUCUCUGUAAUCUAAAUAUUGGGACAAUACUCAUGUAAUCAGUAAUGUAAUCACUUUCAUCUUACUAUUCUUCAAUGAAAUAUCUUUUUGAGUUGAUAAAUCA